AUUUUAAAGUGGUUUGAUGGGUCCCUCUCACUUUCUCUUCUCUAGACUUGUUUGGUGGAACUUUCCUGGUUAUGAUCAUUCAUAAGGUUUGCUUCUGUUCUCCCGAAGUUCCAGUUCCAUUUCCAAUGAGUCUAAUCUUAAAACCACUGAUUCGCACGGAAGUCCCCAAACUUUCAAGUUGGUAAUAUAGUAAUUGAAACUCACCAUGAAGUGUAAAUGCUGAAAGUGUAGGAACAAUAGUAUCUGAAGUAGGAAUCCCCAUAGUAUUUGAGGACACAUAGAUAAGAUGUUUGUUGGUCCCUCUUCUAUGAAGUGGGAGAUGGUGAAAUUAAAUGGAUGGGACUACUCCUGUUUAGAAGCCACCCCUGGUGACAUUGAACCCAAAACGUGCAAUUGCUGUAACCUUUUGAGGCACCCAUUAGAAUUCAUGUUGUCACCAAAAUAGAGAAAAAGGAGACCCACAAACAGCCGCAGCUACAGUACUUUGUCCCCAAAUCACCUUCAUACCCUCACUAUAUUAAGCCUAUAUUAUUAAGCCUAUCAGCAAUAUCUCCGCCUCAGCCACGCCUCUCUCUCUCUCUCUCUCUCUCUCUCUCCACCCACCUUCUCAACUCUCCAACAACUCCAUCAACGCUAGCGUACAAUUUUAUUAUUUUUUAAGUUUAUAACCGUUGAACUCAAAAUUUUCAAAAUUUUGGAGGCUGUUAAUAUUCGUACAUACGAUCCAAAAGUGCUGAAUCUUUCGUCCACAAACAAAUGGGUUGCUGUACGAGCACCACCAGAAGCCAACCGGACCAAAAAACCGGGUUGUUCCACCAGAAAUUCCAGGAGAAAUCUCCGAUUCCGGUUUCCGAGCAGUCUCAUGUCAGAGAUCUCAGGUCUCCACCACAACCCCCAGUAGAGGAAGAAUUCGUCAAAGAGGUCCUGUCCGAAACACCCGUUGUCUCCAAGCGGCAAAACCCAAUUCCAGCAGAGGAGAAAGAGACCCAAUUUCCCAUUGAAACUAAGGGUCUGUGUCUGAUUCACGAAGCAGAAACGGAGGAGGUGUCUGAAUUCUCUCAGAUAUCAGAGAGUCUCUCCUUAUCGACUACCACCACCACUACUAUCACAGACAAGAAGGAAGAAGACGAGGCAAUUAGUAAGAGGAGCAUAGAAGUGGGUCAAAAUGUGCUUCACAGAGCUCAAACGAGGGGCCCCAGAAAGCGUCCAAACACCACCGAUCUCGCCAGCCGGAGAGUUAUCCCGACGAAGGGAUCGAGUGAGGUGAGAACCAGGAGGCUUGACGUAAGGACAGCGGGAGCCCGUAGAGAUCCAGGCGAGGGUCCCGGCCGGAGGUCGAGGUCACCGGCGACGAGGACAGCGAGUGGAGUGGGAAGGAGUCCGGGGAAGGGGAUGGGAAGAACCUGUGGCCAGUCACUGGAAUCAGGGGUGCAGUGUAAGCAGAGCACUGGUGCUGAAGAGGAGUUAAAGGAGGGCAAUUUGCAGGUGGGGAAUGAGUCCCUUGAGAACCCACUAGUUUCGUUAGAGUGCUUCAUCUUUCUGUAGAACUCUCAGUUCGUGUUUCAGGAAGCUAAAGGCACUGCUUGGUUUUGAUUUUUGAUUUUGCUUUUGAUAUUGAUUCUGCCACUACUUCUUCUCUUGCUUCAUCAUAAAACGUGUGUUCUGAAUUUGGUCUUUGCGGCUCAUCCUGGCUUUCAGAAUUUCUUCUGUAAAUCAUCCAUGUAAAUUAUGAUAAAAUCACUGUUUUCGGUUGAAGAUUAAAAA